UAAGAAAUAAGAAAAGUUAUUUAAGUUAUUAUUAAAAAAAAUACACAAUGUUUUCGAACUAUUUUGUAUUUAACGACUUCUUGUGGUAGAAUAGUAUGUCUGGUAAAAUGUUAUCAUUUAUAAUUGAUACUAUAUGAUAGGUGUUUUUUGAUGUCUGUAAAAAACAUUAGUUGCAAAAAUCAUUAGUCGCAAAAAAAAACUUACGUGUAUAAAAUGUGUUCUCUGUUAUGUUUUCUAAAUGGUCACGUACAUUAUUUAUUAACGAAAUCUUGGAUGGGUCUCAAGUGAGAUUUCGAAAAUAAUUAUCAGUAUAUUUGUUAUUAUUAUUGUUUAAGAGGAAAGUGUAAGGUUUCAGGUAUAAAUUGUGGAAGAAAUAACAUUAUAAAUCUUAUUCGGAUAUAUGAAUUUGAUGUAUGGACGACUAUUUUUUAUAAAAUUAAAAUGAAUUCGACGAAUAUGAUAAUAUUCUUUUUCCUAACAUUAUUUAUCAGUAGUUUACAAAAGCCUAUUUUUUUUAAAAAUACCUUCAAAGGAUUGCGAGGAAUUACGCCGGAACUUAAUUGUUUAACAUACGUAAGAGCGGUUUAUUAUUACGAGCAAACUGUUGCUAUCGUUGAUCUCGCAGUUAAUAACGUAUUACACGAUUGUAAUCUUAUCGAAAUAUAUGAACCAGAAGAAGCUAACGAAGUACUUCGAAAUCUAUCACUAACUGUAAAUCCACAGAAAGUGUCUUUUCAGCAGAUGAUAAAACUUAUGCAACAAUGUGAAACUUUGGAUAGUCUACAAUCUCAAGAAUUAUCUAUUUCUGAAGAUACGCGAAACGAAAAAAGUUAUUCUCGAAUAAGUUCAUUAACAUUAUUAUCAGGAAUUAUACCAGGAACAAAAUGGUGUGGAACUGGAGAUAUAGCUGAAAAUUAUCACGAUUUGGGUCGAGAAGCAAAUAUUGAUAGAUGCUGUCGCAAUCAUGAUUUAUGCCCUGUAAAAGUAAGAGCUCAAACAUCACGUUACAACUUAAAUAAUAAUUCUUUAUAUACUAAAUCACAUUGUAGUUGCGAUGAAUUAUUUUACAUCUGUUUGAAAGCUACAAAAAAUUCAAUUGCUGAUCUUAUGGGCAAUAUAUAUUUUAACAUUAUAAGAGUACCAUGUAUAGAGGAUAUUUCAAGUCAAUGGAACCAAGAAUCUGAAAAGCAAUUUGUUCCAGUAAAAACAAAGUAUUAGCCUUCUUUAAUUGAUUUUUGUUACUGUAAAAUUUCUCAAUUUUAAACACGAUAUAAAUAAAUAUUAUCAAUAAAAACAAAUUACACGUAUUUUCCAUUUACAAAAAUAUAUAUACAUAUUAUUGCUG